AUGUAUCAAAGCUCUCAGCACGGGAGCAUCAUUCAACUGUUGAUAUGCGCACUGUCUACACUGGCUGUGACGCAAGACGCCCGCACCAAAUCGGCCUGGGCGACACUGGAAAUGGACACCCAGAAAGUUAUCAUACAUGACGGCGAAUUGCAGGCGGCCGACUUUAGCGCCGACCCAUCGCGGGUACCGGUCGCGUGGGCGACUUUUCGAGACGACAUAAAGGAGAGCGGGUGGUCGUACCUCCAGGUAGAGAGCAAUGAGCGUGUGCCUGACGAGUUGCAAGCAUAUGCAGCCGGGACGUUGGAGGCUCACCUUACGCGUGAACGAAUGGAACAGCACUGGACGAAUCUCUUCUCGGGUUACUGCGACAACCAAGCGGAGUAUUGCCGCAGGCUUGAAGAUUUCUCCAUGCAGAACAUCGAGUACACACGAAAACAGCAGCAUGAGCGCCGGGACAGCGACCCAUUCUGGAAUAUGCUCCACCUUCAUACCAAGCAGCUUACUGGCCUCAGCGAUGCCUGGGAGAACGAAACGCUCGACUUCACGCAUGAGAUAUCCGGUGUCACGCGAGCAUUCAUACUCAACUUGGUGGGCGACCUCCAAGAUUUGGAAAGAGCCCUUGGGAGGACGAAAGAUCUGAACUCAAUCGACCAGAUCUUGGCCUGUACGGCGCUCGUGAAGAUUGUGGGCGACUUCGAUGACUUGUACAUCGCUCAUGAUACGUGGUUCCUCUACCGCGCAAUGUUGCGCGUGCAGAAGAAAUACAUUUUUCCCUGGCAUCUUACUGCGUCGGACACUACAGUGGAAAAAGUUAUUCCAGGACACACGAUUACGACGCCUUCUUACCCUGGAAUGCUGGUGUCAUGGGAUGGCUUCUACCUCACGUCUGCUGGUAUGCUUCUUAACGACAACAACGACCUAUGGAAGGAGGUGACUCCCGAAGGACAUUUCGGGAGCCCGGGAUCUGUUGCCACCGCCCGCAUUGCCACCUCAGGGGAGGAAUGGCUGAGCGUCGCAAGUGGUCCUUCCACGGCAACGAAAGGUUCAAAGCUGCCUUACAGAGACCCGUCAACUCAUGCGGAGUGCAGGUCUGUGUCCUUGCAACCGCUCGAUGUAUUUAUUCGCUUCCUCGAAGGGAUGUCCGCGGGUGAACGGGAACUGGGAGGGGCCUCGGGAUGUUGUACAUCUAUCACAGCCGUGUAG